UGUAUUGAUAUGAUGCUUUGGCAUAUUGAUUCGCAGUGACUGUAGAGGAUGAAAGAGUAAUGAGCUGGCUAGUUUUAAUAUCUUUCACAGACACGUGGUAAUACUCAGGCUCAGGCUUAGGCUUGGGAUCAGAGUCAGGAUCAGAGUUGAGAUCGAGAAAACGAGUGUAUGAGAAAAGAUAGAAUGGGAAAAAGAGAAGACAGGAAAAAGAAAGAAGAAAAAACAGGAAAACAGGAAAAAGAGAAGAUGAGAAGACGAGAAAACAAGAAAACAAGAAAACAAGAAAACGAAAAACCAGGUACAAGAAAAAGAGAAGAGAAAAGAAUGGAAGAGGUAUAAUGCAUGACAAACAUGGGUUGGAUAUGAUAAAAACAAAACAGAACAGAACAAGAAAAAAGAAGCUAGGCCAGAUAGGAUAUAGACAGGCAGAGUUUGAUAAGACAGGCAGGACAAGUAAUAACACAGUGCAAGAUUGAGCCAUUCAACCUGUUGUUGAGCAGACAGGAUGUGAUAGACGCUGCAACUACUGGAUGGCCACAC